AUUAGCGCAAGACGAAGCCGUCAACCAUCAUCGCUUUUUCAUAAGAGAUUGCAACAUUUCUGCGUGCGUGAAGAUCCUUUUUACUUUUAAGUGGAGAAACAAAUUUUUGGAUUUCAGAGAGAAAACUUCUGUGUUAGUACGGUCUGUGUAUGAACACUAAAGAAUAUUUAUGUGUAAUAUCCAUCCAUAAGUAGAUAUAACUUGUGAAACAAGAACAAGCAAAUCGUUGGUGACGAUUGGGCUGAAAAAGUUAUGGCUGAUCAGACCGAGCUACGUAUGAAUUUAGUGGCUAUUCAACGUUCAGAUCCAUAUGCAAAGGACAUUGUAAAUUCAUCCGCCCACGUAGCCUUUUACACGUUUAAUACAGCCGAUAACGAGUGGGAGAAAACUGAUAUUGAAGGGGCACUGUUUAUCUACAGUCGGAACGCAGAACCGUACCACAGCAUUUUCAUCAACAAUCGACUCAACACAAACUCACUGGUUGAACCAAUCAACGGUCAGAUAGAACUGCAAUCGCAGCCUCCGUUUUUGUUGUACCGCAACGAGAGGUCGCGCAUCCGUGGGUUCUGGUUCUAUAACAAUUCGGAGUGUGAUCGCAUCCGUGAAAUAAUUUUCAAACUAGUGGCUGAGUGUAACAACGAAAGCAGGAAGGUAGUUGAAAUGGGGAAAGUUAAUGCAAAUGGAAGUGCCGUGGGAUCAAAUGUGGAUAUUUUUACUAUGUUGACCAAAGCACAGGAAGAUUUUAAUAACAGCACUGGAAAGCAGCAACCCGCUCCGCAACCUGAGCAAGUUCCAAAUCGAAAUCCUACUACGGUGGUCAAUACGGUUGGUCCAGACCAGAGUACGCCCCAAAGUGUGGUGAACUUUUUUGCAGCCGCUAAACAACCAGCGGCUUCAGAAGUGCCACUUUUCCAGACGCUCAUGUCCAAUCCAGUGCACACCCUUGAGCAAAUCGAAAAACAGCAUCGUGCCCCAACGCCACAGAAAGAGAUCAUUGUGACGGGAAAACUAACUCCAGAGGUUGGUGAUCUAGAAAGUAGUUUCAAGUUAAUGGGCAUCCCGGUCAACACUGGACAACCGCCCGUUCAGGAGCUCGGAACUUCUCCGUUGGCAACGUUCCUUAGUGCAACCAAGUUGGCUGCAGUUCGGAACAAUAACCAGCCGAUUCCUAAAACAAAACCAAUUGAAAUAAGCGAACUUGAGUCACGUCAGCAGCAACAACAACAACACCAGCAACCGUUGCAUGAGCUUUUGAAAAAAUCGGAUUCAAUGAACAAUUCUCUCAACAACAGUGGUCCUUUGUUGAACACCACACCCAAUCUCGGUAGCGCCAGCAAACCGGCGUUGAUGCCUCCAACCAUGUUCGCAACCAGUUCGACAUCAGCUAAGGGUCUCACAGAAAUGUUUGCCAGCGCAGCAAACAAAAAACAGCAAGAACAACAUCCCAACGGCGCUACCACUUCUCUUACGGAUUUACUAACAAAAGCUAAUACCAAUAACAAUCAUCAUCCCCCUCCACCCGGUUUCUUUCCGAUGGUAGGCACCAUCGAACCGCUCACCCAAGCGCAGCUCAUACAGGCCAUCAGUUAUCUGGUCAAGCAUGACCCUGACUUCGUACGGAAAUUGCACGAGGCAUACCUUAAGUCGUUCCAGGAGAUGAUGACACUGUAACAAGUCCCUGCGAUGUGUGUGUGACUAUACAUCGUUUGGGGAAACCCAAACUAGAUGGAAAAAAGACUUGGCAUUGAUAUCAAAUAGCACAGCAGAGAUGAGAUUGACGAUACAUGUUUCUUGCUUUUUAAUUUUAGUUUUAUUCUACCUUUUAAAUACAUUGUCGUUCUGUUAUCACUUAUCCGUACAUGUUUCCUCCUUUACAAAAAUAUACGUUGCUCUAGUAAAAGCAAGUAAAUUACAAA